AUGCCUCACGCCGACUCGAGUUAUGUCCCAUCGACUAUAACAACGAAAUCCGAAUUCUACAAACAUGUCAUCACCCACUUAGAAGCAUUACUCGAGGGGGAAAGAUACUGGGUAACCAAUCUAGCUCAAACUUCCGCUAUACUCUAUCACUCAUAUCUCGCUUCUUCAUUAUAUGGUGGAGGGAGUAUACAUCCAGUCGUGAACUGGUGUGGAUUUUACCUCCAUCCACCUUCUUCUUCCUCAUCCUCCUCCACCCCUUCUCACUCACCCAACUCGCCUCUACUGUUAGGUCCGUACCAAGGUCGACCAGCCUGUCUUUCCAUAACUCCCAUAAAGGGCAAAGGAGUCUGUGCGGACGGCUUCCUAUCCCAGCGGACUUUGAUCGUCAACAGCGUCGAUGAUUACCCGGGUCAUAUAGCUUGCGAUGGGGAUACGAAAUCCGAAAUCGUGGUUCCAUUACGAAACGAUCAUAAUCUAGUGAUAGGAGUGUUGGAUUUGGAUAGUACGCUGUUGAGCACUUUUGAUGAAGAUGAUCAGAAAGGUUUGGAGAGGGUGGUAGAGAUUUUGAGGACGGGGUGUGAUUGGUCAUAG